UGCACAGCGUCAAAUCUACUAGUCUUUCCUUUGUCUCAAGCUUCCCUCACUCAGUAGACCAGUAGCUUGCCCCCCUUCCUUCUCCUCUUCUCUGCCCCUCUCGCUCUCUCUCUCUCUCUCUCUCUCUCUUCUCCACCGGGAGAGUUCGCCAUGUACAGACCCGUCUCCCCUCUUCCGGGCAACGCCCGUUAUUCUUCGCCGGCGCAGCGGUGGCAGGAGGCCUGGGCUCGGUUGCUAGCUCCUCUGACUCUUUGGCUAUGUGUUUCGGUGAGCUUGAGGUACGGGUACUUUGGGGAUUCUCGUAUGGUGAUCGGCCCGGGCUCGUCGAGGCUGAUCAAGGCGAGCUCGCUGUUCGUGGACCGGGUCGACGUGCGGGAUGAAGAUAGGAAAGGGGUCAGUGUCUAUGGCUUCUCUGAGAAGCCUCAGUUGAGCUACGAGACAAACUGGACGGUGUCGAAUUAUCUGAUUGUGGGCUCUUACAAUCGCAAGGGAUUCAACCUGUGGUUAAACAGAGGUUCGAAAAUCCGAAUGCGAUGGGAAGCUCAGACUAGCCACUUAAAUCAACUGCAAGUCUCUAUGGUCAAAGGAGAGCUUAAGUAUGAAAUGGUGCAGCCGAGUUUUACGAGUUCCCCUGAUGCUGCGGCGCUCAAAGAACCGAUUAACUUUAAAGAAGCCGAGUACUAUAUUGAAGAAGAUGACAAAUACUAUGUAAGAGUCAUAAAUGCCAAUUCUAGGAGCAUCAUCAUGUCGAUGAGCGUGAACGCUUCAUCGAAGAUAUAUGACAUAACAAAGGCAAAGAUCAUGUGCUCGACAUUGAAGGGGUCCUGUCAGCUGAAGCUCCUCUUCCCUAAUACUCAGUAUGUGGUGGUAACCACGCCAAGCAAUGGUGACCUUGGCGAUUGGUAUAUCGAGCUCUCUUUUGUGGCUCGUGUUGUAACUUACAUAGCAAUUCUAGGAUUCAUUGUGAUUGUCAUUUUUCUAAUACUGAAGUACCUAGGGGUAUGUGAUGUUGAGAACGAGGUCUAUGUAGACGACACCCCGAUAGUUCCUGUUCGGGAAGUGACAGAGACCGCUCCUAUAAUGCCGGAGAAAUCAAGUAGGCCCACAUAUGGAACCAACGAGGAGGAGGAUGAUGAUGCGGGAUCAUCUAGUAGCUCUUCAGAGGAUUUAUAUGAUGCGAAAUUAUGUGUGAUCUGCUAUGACGAGCAAAGGAAUUGCUUCUUCGUCCCCUGUGGGCACUGUGCUACUUGUUAUGACUGUGCUCAAAGGAUAAUGGAGGGGGAGAGCAAAGUAUGUCCGAUUUGCCGGAGGCUUAUUCAUAAAGUCAGGAGAUUGUUUAGCCCAUAAGUAGAAAUCCGAAUCUGUACAUCGAGUGAGAGAGGGUCAUUUGUUUUUGUAACCUGAGUCCUCUGUCUGACAACUCAACUUUCUAUUCCGAUUCUUCAUUGCCAUUAAACUUGCUGGAUCAAGUUGGCAGGAAUUUUGUGAGGAUUAAAACUCAACUAUUGUUACCAGCAUGAACUGUGAUUCGUUCAGAAAUAGAAUUCAACCGGGAAAGGAUCGGUGCAAUUG